GAAAAGGAAUCGAGAAAACAAAGAGAUUAACAAUGAAUAUCAGAUAGACGAGAUAUAGAAAAAGAGAAAACAUUUCCGCGCACAACACAAGGAAAAUAACAUGAAAAUCUAAGAAUCACCAGCUUUGCGAAUCGCAAAUCACAUGCAAUUCGAUCUUAUCUAUAUCGUAUGGCAAUGUAAAAUAUCCGUACCAUGAAUGAGUUCCAGCAUAUUCUUUCACAGACAUUAUUUCAACACAAUUAACACCCAGUUGUUUACAGUUAAAACGUGAAGUAGGCAAAUACGCUCCACAAUUUAGUGGUUAUGCUCAACGCGAUGCACACGAAUUUCUCAUCGCUCUACUCGAUGGUCUACAAGAUCAGAUAAUGAAAACUACUGCUGCUGCAUCAGCAUUCUCCAUCAUCGAACAAUUGUUCAAUAUUCAGUUGAUCUCCCAGAUGACAUGUCGUGCCUGUGAAGUAACAGGAAGUGGAACUGAGUCAAUAAAGUUUUUGUCACUACCAUUGCCAGAUAAAUCAAAUGAUCCUAUUACGUUAUCUAGUUUAUUAGAUUUAUUUGAAAAAGAACUCGAUGGACAAAUUUAUUGUGAUUCAUGUGGACAGAUUGCUCGAGGUCGUCAGAAGACACGUCUCGAUAUAUUACCUCGAUCAUUAUUGUUCAACUCAAACGACAUUGUUUCUGAAGAAUUUUUUAACAACUUUCUGUUAACAAGAAAGAGAAGGGAUUUAAAAUUACAACUUUUGUUGGACCUCUUACACCUUUGCUAG